CUCGUCAGUCAAGCGAGCUGCUAGAGGGCGCACGGUCCGUUUCUAACACAAACAUUUUAAUUUAAAAUGAAAUACAAUAUCUUAGGUAAUACUGAUAUGAAGGUUUCCCAUGUUAGCAUGGGAGGGGCAUCUUUCAGCAACAUUUACGGAUCAUUCGACGAGGAAAAAAGUCUACAACUUAUUAAGAAAACUCUAACUUUAGGAGUAAACUACUUGGAAACUGGGCCGUGGUACGGUCAGGGAAGUUCAGAGAAAGUUAUAGGCAAGGCGCUCAAAGAAAUCCCGAGAGAGACGUAUUUCAUCGGCAGCAAAGUUGGACGCUACGAGAAAGAUAUCCGGAAAAUGUUCGACUUCUCUGAAGAGAAGACAGAAGCGGCCGUGGAUAACACUUUACAACUUCUUCAACUCGAACACGUGGAUCUGAUUCAAAUGCACGACAUCACUUUUGCACCGGACAUUUCAAUAAUUCUAAAAGAAACCUUGCCAGCAUUGGACCGAGCUGUGAAAGAUGGCAAAGCCAGAUAUAUCGGAGUAGCUGACUAUGAUUUAGAUUUGAUGAAGGAGAUAAUUGAAGAGUCUGACAUCCACCUAUCUACAAUUCUGUCAUAUUCAAAAUCCACAUUAUUUGACAACCGAUUACAAAAUUAUACAAAAUACUUUAAGAGUAAAGGCGUGGGCAUAAUAAACGCAGCAGCUACCGGCAUGGGCCUGCUGACCAACCGCGGGCCGCAGCCCUGGCACCCAGCAAGUGAUGACAUCAAAGCUCUUUGCCAACGAGCGUCUAAUUACUGCAAGGAUCAAGGAGUAGAGCUAGCUCGACUAGCAACAUGGUUUACCUUAAACCAGCCAGACGUUGAUACGAACGUGUGCGGAUUCUUCAACACGGAACAAAUGCUGGACACGUUGAAUGUCUCAGAAAAAGGGCUCACGGAACAUGAAAAGGCGGUGUUAGCUCAUCUGCAGUUGAGCUUUUUUGAUAAUGUUACCCUACACUGGGAUGAAGUAGAAUUGAAUGCAUACAGAACAAAAUUAGAAUAAAUGACUACAUAUUAAUAAUUUUACUUACCAUGGA